AUGCCGCCAGGACCGGCCGAAGACGGCCACAGCCACGACCACCACGACCACCACGAUGAGGAUUUUGACGUUGACAACGACGACGACUGUGAACAUGAUUUCGUGGCCGAUGAAGAUAUCGAAGAUCAGGAAUUGCUGCUGCAUCUGCACGGUCACCAUCCCGGCUCGAGCGCUGGUCAGCAUGACGAAGGAGAUAGGCCAACGGGACCGGACCAAAACGGCCAUGCCAACGAUGACGGAUCUGACGCUGAGGAGGAGGACGACGACGACGCCGAAUGUGAACAUCGUUUCUUCGCCGAUGAAGAAAUCGAAGACCAGGAAUUGCUGCUACACCUGUACGGUCUCCAUCCCGGCUCGAGUACAGAUCGACAUGCCGAGGGAGGCCAUUUGGAAGGCGGAGAGGAGUAUGAUCAGGACUACGACGAUCACGACGAGGGUGCCAACCACGACUCUCAUGACACAGAAGGAGAUCAGAGUGGGGAGGGUCAUUAUGAUCAUUCUGCCGUCUAUGGACAUGCAGCCGACCACGAGGACGACUACGCCGGAGAGGAUGACUACGCGGGGGACUACGACCACACGGGGCACCACGACCACACGGGCGAACACGACUACACAGGGGAAGACGACUACACGGGGGAAGACGACUACACGGGGGAGAAUGACUACAAGGGAGACGAUGACUACAGGGGCGACGACUACUACGAAAGUUAG